GUAUGUCGCCAUAGCACAUGACGCGGCGCCAGGUCCAGCGGGAGUAUAUAAGGGAGUGUCAGAGUGUGCAUGGCAUCAGUCUCUCACUACCCUUCGUCCGAAGUCUCUCCACUCCCUCUCUCCUCGCCGCCACUCAAGAUGAAGGUCCUCGCCGCGCUGCUGUGCCUUGCCGUCGCCACCUCCGCCAGGAUGGCCUACAAGUUCUCAGACGGCUACCUGGACAUCCUUGGCGCCGAGCCCGUCCAGAACUUUGACUGCAAGGACCGCAGCUACGGCUACUACGCCGACGUGGCCGCCAGCUGCCAGGUGUUCCACGUGUGCCUGCCCGUAGUGGACGAGGCGGGCCAGCUGCUGGAGACAGCUCACUUCUCCUUCUUCUGUGGCAACGAAACAAUAUUUGACCAAGAGUCCCUCACGUGCGCCCACCCCGACUACGCCCUCCCCUGCUCUGAGGCUGAGACUUUCUACCAGAUCUCCAACGCUGAUUUCGGGCGCAUCCCUGAGGAAGGAUUCGUGCCUGAGGUCAACGUGCUGGCGAGAUCCAAUAUUGGAGUGAAUGUUGCUGAGGAAACCCGCAGCGCCUCUGUCACGCCCGUGGAGACUCCUGUAGCUGAAGCCUCUGUUUCCGAGACCGCUGAAGCAGCACUUGACAUCCCCGCCAGUGUGCCCGAGACCGCUGAGGUAGAAUUGAACAUCCCCGCCAGUGUGCCCGAGACCGCUGAGGUAGAAUUAAACAUCCCCGCCAGUGUGCCCGAGACCGUUGAGGCAGCAGUUGACGCCCCGGCCGCUGCUCCCGAGGUCGCCGAGGCAUCGGUUGUCGUUCCCGACAAUGUAGCACUUUACUCUGCCGACGAGGAUGUCACCGAUGUCACCUCCAGCGAUGAACCAGGUGAGGUGACUGAGGACAACACUGUGCUAUAGAUGCCUCGCCGCGCCGAGCCGCUCUCACCACGACUCCCUGAUGCUCCGAAACGCUUCAAACGCUUCGCGUCAUCUGUGAUAUUUUUAUACUUUCGAAUUUUUACUGCAACGUAAAUGACAAUAAAAUAGACUGCUUCUCA